AUGGGUGGAAGCAACUAUGAUGACGACUGGGUGUUGCCCAGUGCUGACAUCACUCUUGUCCUUGUUGGAAAACUUGGCUAUGGCAAGAGUGCAACUGGCAAUAGUAUCCUUGGGCGGGAAGCAUUUGUAUCAGAAUACUCUCAUGCUAGUGUGACAAAUACUUGUCAGAUGGGAAGCACCAUGUUGACGGAUGGCCGCACCAUCAAUGUUAUUGAUACACCAGGAUUAUUCGACAUGACCGUGACCCCUGAGGAUGCUGGCAAAGAAAUUGUUAAGUGCAUGAACAUGGCUAAAGAUGGGAUACAUGCUGUGUUGAUGGUUUUUUCUGCUACUUCUCGAUUUUCUCGAGAAGAUUCUAGUACAAUUGAGACUAUUAAAGUGUUUUUUGGAGAGAAAAUCGUUGAUCACCUGGUCUUAGUUUUCACUUACGGAGAUUUAGUUGGUGAAAAUUUGUUGAAGAACAUGUUAAGCAAUGCCCCAGAGUAUCUGCAGAAAGUUGUUCAGCUAUGCAAAAAUAGAGUGGUUCUUUUUGAUAACAAGACCAAGGACCCUAGGAUUCGGACUAAGCAGCUCGAAACGUUGCUUGAUGUGGUUGAUUCUGUUAGUGCAAAUAAUGGAGGAAACCCAUUUACAGAUCAAAUGCUCACUCGCCUUAAGGAGGUGCAUGAUAGAGAGAAGGAGGUUCAUGAUGCUCAGGGAUAUUCAGAGGACCAAAUAUCUGAAUUGAAGAAGGAGAUCCACAGAACUCGGGAUGAACAGCUUGCAAACAUUACUGCCAUGGUGGAGGAAAAGCUGAAUAUCACGGUGGAGAAGCUGCAAGUUCAACUCAUGGAAGAACAGAAUGCAAGGCUGGAAGCAGAGAGGGUGGCGGCGGAGGCGAGGCUGAAAUCCGACGAGGAGAUCCGCAAGCUCAAGGAGAGGCUAGAGAAGGCUCAGGAGGAAAACGAGGAGUUCCGGAGGCUGGCGGCGACGAACAAGUGCGCCAUUCUGUAA